AUGUCAUCUCGAGCCGCUCCUCUCCACCUUUCUCCUCGAGACCGAGAGAGAGACCGCCGUUAUGGCAGAGACGAGCGAAAUGAAGACCGAGCCAGGACAAGGAGCAGGAGUAGAAGCCCAAGGCGAGAUAGAGACAGGUACGAUGAUCGAGAUCGAAAGUACGGGCGAGACUCUGGAAGAAGUGGCUAUAGAGAUGAUCGUUCUAGAAGGGAUUAUGGUAGUCCCCGUGAUAGGGAUAGAGACGGCAGAAGCGAUAGAGACGAUUAUACCCGAGAUGAUAGACGAGGAGACUAUACUAGAGAUAGUCGAACGGAUGAUCAUAGUCGAGGAGAUUUGAAACCAGAUGUCACUUCUCGAGGAGGUUAUUCAAGAGAUAACCCAAACAACGAUCCAAAUUAUCGACCAUCCCCUCGACCCUACGAGGAUCGUCCACCCGCUGGAUCAGCACCUUCGAUACCGCCUUCGCAGCCUCGAGCAGGGUCAUCGGCGCAACCAGGCUUCCGAGGAGGUUAUGGUGGAUACGGAAACAGAGGGGGUGAUCAUGAAAGACCGUUGGAUAGAAGAGCUAUAGAAGAAGGUAGAAGGCGGAGAGAAGAGGAAAGAGCAAAAGGUAUUGUUUAUACGGAAGAUGGUGCUUAUAAUCCUAGUGCAGAAGCUUCACCUGCACCCAAGGAAGAACCAGAGGACGAGUUAGAUCCUGAUGAUCCAGAAGCCCAAAUGGCAGCGAUGAUGGGCUUUGGGGGAUUCGGCACAUCGAAGGGUAAGGGCAAGGAAGAUAACGUCGAUGGUGUUGCUAAAGUGAAUAAGCAGAGAAGUUGGAGACAGUACAUGAAUAGAAGAGGUGGUUUCAACAGACCAUUGGAUAAAAUCAAGUAG